AUGGCGACACGACGACAAGGCCAGCGCAUGCUGUCAAUGUUGCGCAAUGGAGCAUGCCACUCAUCUCGAGGCCACUGCGCCAGUACUACCCGAAUGUUCUCGAGCAACCAGAAUCCUGCUGCUAAGCGGCUAGGCGCAGCUACAUGGCUGACAGCCACCGCAAUUGGCUUCGCUGUCCCUCUGGCGUAUCAAUUCUACAGCUCGAAUGCCCCAGGCAGUGCGAAACUGGAUGCCGCGUCGCUCUUCGAGAUGGAUAUGCGAACGAAACAAGAUGGCCCCGUUGGUGAUAAUUCGCCCAUGCGACUUCGAAUGGAAAAGUUCGUCAAAGAACAGCAACAAGAAAUCAUCAAGGCUAUUGAGCAGAUUGACGGCAAGAAGUUCUUUCAAGACAAGUGGGACCGAGACCACGGCAACGGCGGCGGAAUUACUGCUGUGUUGCAGGAUGGCAACGUCUUUGAGAAAGCCGGAGUUGCAGUCAGUAUCAUCUACGGGACUCUGCCAAAGGCUGCCAUAGAAAGGAUGCGCGCGGAUCACAAAAACCUUGCCACCAACGUCGAUUCCCUCGACUUCUUCGUCGCUGGCCUCAGCCUUGUGUUCCAUCCCAAGAACCCCAUGGCACCGACUGUGCACUUGAACUAUCGCUACUUCGAAACGGCGAAUCCCGACGGAACAUCUCAGGCGUGGUGGUUUGGAGGCGGCAGCGAUCUAACCCCAUCCUACCUCUUUGACGAGGACGCCAUCCACUUCCACAAGUCGCUCAAGGACGCAUGUGACUCUCACAGCAAGGACUACUAUCCUCGCUUCAAAAAGUGGUGCGACGAAUACUUUUACAACAAGCAUCGCAAAGAGAGCCGCGGUGUCGGGGGCAUCUUCUUUGACGACUUGGAUGAGUCAGAGCGUGACCAGGAGAAUACCUUUGCCUUUGUCCAGGACUGCCUCAAAUCGUUCCUACCUUCAUACCUCCCUAUUCUAGAGAGGCGCAAGGAUAUGCCUUUCAAUGAGAAGGAGAAGGAGUGGCAGCAGAUUCGCAGAGGACGAUACGUGGAGUUCAACUUGGUGCACGAUCGCGGAACGGCAUUCGGGCUUCACACCCCAGGGCCGCGUGUGGAAAGUAUUCUCAUGAGCUUGCCACGAACUGCCUCGUGGGGAUAUAUGCAUAUCCCCGAGCCUAAUAGCCGGGAGCAGCGUCUGGUCGACGUACUUCAGAAGCCGAAAGAAUGGGUUUGA